UGUAUACAAUACGGUUUCGAACAAAAGUAAAUCAUGCCAGCCUGCGUAUUGAGUCACGCAAAAUAACUGUUCUUAGGCUCACUAUAAUUAAAAAUUAUAGGCUUAUAGGUUAGGCUUAUUUGCCCAUUGUACCAAUUCCAGCUAAAUAAGAGCUAGGUAUGAACAUUGUACGUCUGUGUAUAUAUUUCGGUGGCGCCAUAUUUCUGCAAAUAUAAAUUUGUGCACGACGACAGAGGGCUAAUGAAGAAUUUUGUGAAAGCUUUGGCAAAAAAACCGGAAAACACAGCCCUUAAAUACUUGAAAACCAAGUUCCCAAGAUUGUUAACAGAGAAAAUCAAAGCGGGUGUAUUCGUCGGUCCACAGAUAAAGAAAUUGUUUACGGACACAGAAUUUCAACAAUGCCUUGACAGUUCCGAAGCUAAAGCUUGGAAAGCUUUCCAAAAAGUUGUUCAUGGAUUCUUGAGAAACAACAGGAGCAACAACGACCGUCAAUUGAAAUACUUUAAAACUACUGGUGCUCGCAUGUCGUUAAAAAUGCACCUACUUCACAGUCAUUUGGAUUUUUUUCCUCCGAAUUUGGGAGCUGAAAGUGAUGAACAAUGCGAGCGAUUUCAUCAAGAUAUUGCUACGAUUGAUGACGAUUGCGACAACUGCUGGAUGCAACUUCGUGAAGAUUCCGUGCAACAUAAAAGAAGAAGUUUGAGAGUAAAAGCAUAUUUUCGACCUCAAACAUAGCCAUGUCAAAAACUGCAAAAUCACACGUGUUGACUUUGUGGGUCAUAACUUCUACAAUUUUUCGUCGAUUCAGACAAACUUAGGCUUAAAAUGUAGGUGAC